GAAGAACAACGCCCAUAUCUGAGUAGACACUGGUUCGUGGACACAUUAGACUGGGAAUAUUCCCUCAUUUUAAACAACAGAAGCAGAAGAAUAACAAGAGAAGAAUGGCAAGUGAAGAAGUACGCCUUGAGAGAUUGCGAAGGACGUUGCAUUUCUUAGCAACUCGAGUCCCAAAAGUAAUUCUGACACGAGUUGACUGGACAUUUCCUGCUUUGAGGAAUCAGGCUAGUGUUAAAUUAAAUGCAGCAAAUAUUGAACCAACACACGAUAAUGAGGAUUUUAAUGCCAAGGAACUUCGUCGUGAACAGGGAGCAGAUUUGUUAAACAGAGAACAAAACUCCGAUUCUUGCGGGAUAUGCAAGAAGUCAUUCUCUCCUGGGAUUAAUGUGUUGCGUCAUGCAAGUGGAAAUAGUAGAGAAACAAUGUCUCUUUGUGAAAUGUGUGUCACAUCGUUAACUCUCAAGCAUAGUGCGGUACAAGGAUCAAGUGGUCUCAGAGAGUCUUUUUCUAGCAAAGAUUGCAAAAAGUUAACAAGUCACUCUAAUUUGUACAACCAUACCAAAGUGCAUGCUGCAGAACGACCAUUUUCUUGCGAAGUCUGUAAGAAAACGUUCCCCCAGCGCUCUAACCUAAACAAACAUCUCAGAAUUCACAAUGGAGAACGGCCAUUUUCUUGCGAAAUGUGUAAGAAAUCGUUCGCCCGGCGCUCUAACCUCAACAUACAUCUCAGAGUUCACAAUGGAGAUCGGCCUUUUUCAUGCAAAAUGUGUAAGAAAACGUUCGCCCAGCGAUCUAACCUAAACAAACAUUUAAGAAUUCACAAUGGAGAACGGCCUCUUUCGUGCAAAGUGUGUAAGAAAUCGUUCGCCCAGCGAUCUAACCUAAACACACAUCUCAGAGUUCACAGUGGAGAACGGCCUUUUUCGUGCAAAGUGUGUAAGAAAUCGUUCGCCCAGCGAUCUAACCUAAACAAACAUUUAAGAAUUCACAAUGGAGAACGGCCUCUUUCGUGCAAAGUGUGUAAGAAAUCGUUCGCCCAGCGCUCUAACCUAAACACACAUCUCAGAGUUCACAAUGGAGAACGGCCUUUUUCGUGCAAAGUGUGUAAGAAAACGUUCGCCAAACGCUCUAACCUAAACACACAUCUCAGAGUUCACAGUGGAGAACGACCAUUUUCAUGCGACGUGUGCAAGAAAACUUUCACACAGGGAUCUACCCUAAACAGGCAUCUCAGAGCACACAGUGGAGAGCGACUGUUCUCGUGUGAUGUGUGUAAGAAACGGUUCAUGCAUCUUCAUCACCUAAACAUACAUCUCAGAAUACACAGUGGAGAAAGAACCUUUUCUUGCGAAGUGUGUGAGAAAACAUUCACUCAUAGCACUAGCCUGAAGAAUCAUCUGAGGGUGCACAAUGGAGAACGCCCUUUUUUGUGCAAAGUGUGUAAGAAAACUUUCGCACAGAGUUCAACAUUAAACAGGCAUCUCAGGGCACACAGUGGAGAGCGACCGUUCUCGUGCGAUGUGUGUAAGAAACGGUUUACUCAGGUCCAUAACCUAAACAUACAUCUCAGAAUACACAGUGGAGAAAGACCCUUUUCUUGCGAAGUGUGUAAGAAAACUUUCGCUAACAGAUAUAUCCUGAAGAAUCAUCUGAGGGUGCACAGUUGAGAACGGCAUUUCUCGUGAAAAUUGUGCAAGAAAAGGUUCACUCGCCGUCCCGUUCUUAAUAUGCAUCUCAAAUCACACAGUGCAGAACAAGCAUGAUCCUGAGAUAUGGAAGGGAAUGUUCACUUGUGGGAGGAAAACUAACAAUCAUCGCAUGGAAUAACAUAAGGGAUAACCUUUUCGUUUAAUGUGUGCAAGAAAACAUCCAUUCAUCGCGACAGUGCGAGUUUAUAGAGACAUUCCUUAUUUUGCAUUUCUAUGAAAAUGUUUAUUGCAUCAACUGAAUUAUUGUGUUUAAAAUAACAUAUUUUGCUUCAAGAAUUUAUCUGGUUACAGAACAUGAACGUUUUACUGUGUGAUAUGUUUAGCGGCCAAAUUUUCACCAUUGUACCUUCAUAAUUUCCUUGAUUAAGACUCCUUUUAGUAACAUACGCUAAUGCUUUCGUAUUAUUAUAAGUUGUAUUAAUCCUUUUGAAGUUUUGUUUUAUGGUAUUACAGGAAUAUUCACACAUCACUCUUCUCUGUUCAUUGUUAUGUAGAUGUGUUCAGAAAUUGGUUUCACAUUUUUAAUGUUUGCUGUUGACUUCAUUGAUUUUUUACAAUUAACUUGCCAACUUUAUGUGCAUUAAGUCAGAAUUGUUUAUUGGAAGCCUGAUUAGUAUAUUAGGUUUAUAAAAUAAAAGUUUUGAAUAGUAUAGUCACUUUAGUUUCAGUUUUCUUGUGGGAUUUCUCUGGUCCGUGUCCAAAUGUUGUUAGAUGUUUAUAUGUUUUAUUUAACUGAUGUUUAUUUGAUGUAACUGGUUUUAUUAUUCCAGUGUAACCAAUUUUAUCAUCUUCUUUGUGUCCUGUCAUACUCUAUUUUUGCAUCCUAACUGCUAUUACUUUUAAGUGAUAAAUAAAUUACUGGUCCGCA